GUGACGGUCGUGGCGUCGUGUUCGCACGCUGUGUGGUUGUUGGCUUGCUGCAAAAAAGAUUUGACCGUAUACUUUCGCGGCUGUGUUUGUGAUAUUUUCUUUGUUCAACCGUUAAACGUGUGUCUAAACGAGUGUCUACCAAACUAGCCGCACGACGAGCAUCGUACAAAGUCCAAGUGUUACAGAGUUAAGUAAAAUACGUAACAGAUGAUAUGGCGGAAGCACAUUCAGCCGUAGCAUUUAGUUUUUCUAUCACUCACGAAGGAUGGGACGUUAACUUCGACAGAGAAGUAUUGCACUUAGUAUGGGAAUCGGGUAUACGUUCCUGGAAGAAAAGAUUCUUCCGAUUUGUUAACAAUCUGAGGAGCGGAGUGUAUCCGGCUUCCUUAGAAAGCUUAUGGCUCACCAUAGCUGUGGUCACGGCUAUACAUUUCGCUGGCUACAAGGUUCCUUAUGAUCUUGUUGGAAUAACUGUACCGUACCUCUUCGCGUCCUCAAUUUUGGCACAUUUGGCUGGAUCGGUUAUAGUAGGAUUGUUUUUAUGGUUGGUCGUAAUAUACGCGAUACGGUACAUGUUGAAAUUGUUGCUGAUGUACAAAGGGUGGAUGUACGAGUCUAGGGAGAAGGGUGCCACCCCUUCGAAGAUCACGAAACUGUGGACCACGGUGGUGAAACUAUUCUUCGGAUGGCACAAACCUAUGCUGUACAGUUUUCAAGGUUCUCUGCCCAGAUUACCAUUACCUUCAGUCGAGGAUACCAUGAAACGGUAUUUAAGAAGCGUCAGGCCAUUGCUGGAUGACGAGAACUAUGCGCGGAUGGAGAGACUGGCGAACGAAUUUCAGAAUGGAAUCGGCAUCAAGCUCCAGCGUUAUCUGAUAUUAAAAUCUUGGUGGGCUACCAAUUACGUCUCAGACUGGUGGGAGGAGUACGUCUAUUUACGUGGAAGGUCCCCGAUCAUGGUCAACUCCAACUUUUACGGAAUAGAUGCUAUUCUCAUGCAUCCUAGCAAGAUACAAAGCGCCCGUGCGGCAAGCAUUGUCUAUUCUUGUCUUCAGUUUAGAAGAUUCAUCGAAAGGCAGGAACUGGAACCGAUAUUGAUUCAAGGACUGGUGCCGCUUUGCUCUUGGCAGUACGAGAGAGUAUUCAAUACCACGAGAACUCCCGGCCGCGAGACAGACAAGAUAGUACAUUACCAGGACUCCAAGCACAUCGUCGUUUAUCACAAGGGAAGAUACUUCAAGGUUCUGAUUUAUUACAAGAAUCGAAUCCUUCAACCUUGCGAAAUCGAGAUGCAAAUGCAACAGAUAUUAAAUGACGUAUCGGAACCAGCCGAAGGAGAAGAGAAAUUGGCUGCUCUAACUGCUGGAGAGAGGACGGCGUGGGCAAUAGCUAGGGAAGAAUUCUUUUCUAAGGGUGUGAACAAAGCUUCCUUAGACCUGAUCGAAAAAGCAGCUUUCGUAGUGGCGUUGGACGAUAUGCCUUACGUUUAUGAUCCGGAAAACCCAAGCAAAUUGGACGAGUACGGUCGAAUUUUAUUGCACGGCAAAGGAUACGAUCGUUGGUUCGACAAGUCUUUCACUCUGUGCAUUGGCAACAACGGCCGAGUGGGUUUCAAUGCGGAACAUUCGUGGGCCGAUGCCGCGGUGAUGUCACACGUGUGGGAAUACGUGAUAGCGCAGGAAACCAACAAGUCUAUAGAGGCUGAUGCUCCUAUUAUGGGAUCUCUAUGGGAGUAUUGUAUCGCUAAUGAGAUGGAGACGGGAUUUAAAGAGGACGGACACGUUAAAGGGGAACCAGAGUUCACGCCGCCAGCUCCAGUCAGACUUCAAUGGGACAUGAACGAGAGUUGCAUAGCUGCUAUCGAGCAAUCGAAUCAAGUAGCUCAAAGAUUAUUAAACGACGUCGAGUUGCGGAUUUAUGUGCACGACGCCUACGGCAAAGGAUUCAUGAAACAGAAUUCUAUAUCGCCCGACGCUUACAUACAAAUGGCCCUGCAGUUGGCUUAUUACAGGGACGCCGGCAAAUUCAGCUUGACUUACGAGGCAUCGAUGACCAGAUUGUUCCGCGAGGGGAGAACAGAGACCGUGCGACCUUGUACGAUUGAGUCAAGAAAAUGGGUCAUGGCGAUAGACAGCGAUGAUGCAGAUAUAGAGACUAAGUACAAUUUAUUCAUGGCAGCGGUGAAGCAGCACCAGAAGGGCUAUCAGAACGCGAUGUGUGGCAAAGGAAUAGACAGACACUUGUUCUGUUUGUACGUAGUCUCGAAAUAUCUAGAAGUGGACUCACCGUUCCUGAAGGAAGUUCUCAGCGAACCGUGGAAGUUAUCCACCUCGCAGACUCCGCACGGACAGACUUCCUGGAUUAAUUUUAAGAAGUAUCCGAAUUGCAUCUCCGCCGGAGGUGGUUUCGGCCCUGUAGCUGACGACGGAUACGGUGUUUCUUACAUUAUCGCUGGCGAGGAUCUUCUGUUCUUCCACAUUUCAUGCAAACUUAGUUCUCCCCAAACGAAUGCUGCCAGAUUUGCAAAACAGAUAGAGAAAGCGUUGGCCGACAUGAAGCAUCUGUUCCUGGAGAGAAGGAAGCUACAGGCACAGAAGAACGGUUCCACGUAAUUUAAUUAUUUACGAAAUAGGAAAACACAGUUAGAGUUUACUAAUGAGAACUUAUGAUUAUAAUUUUUCUUCUUUAUUUUUAAUAUUUUUGUAGCUUUCCCUCAUCAAUGCAAUUUUAAAAUAUUCUACUUUGGUCGGAGAGAAACAUUGCUAAGUAUUGCCCGCGAAAGUACAAAGUAACGGACUUCUCUAAUUUUAUUUAAAUUAUGUAUUUUAAAGAGAGUCGACCAACGAUCGACCGUGUACAAUUUAAUAAGCGCGCAUAAGCUUACUUUUGUAAUGAAUAUUUACGAGGAAAAAAAACAUUUUUAUACACAUUUAUACGUAAAAGAGAUGACAAUUGUUGUCUAAUUUAAACAGAAUUAUGGUAACAUCGAUAGAAGAGAAUAAGUUUAAGUCUGAUUAUGAAAAUGCAAUCAUAGAAUUAAACGAUUUGAUCCUAUACAAA